UGUGGGGCAGGUGUGUUCAGGUGGUUUUUGCUCUCCAGGUUCCACCGGUUCAAGCUCCAGUUCCAUUUUCGCAUUUUGCAUUUCGCAUUUCCCAACUGUGUGUGCCUUAAACUGUUUUCCCACAACAACGACAACAACAGCAGCUCGAGCCACAACAACAUCGUCUUUUUUCCGUCGGUUUUGUUGGGUUUUUCUCAAUAUUUUCCCACUACCCCAACUCAUUUUUUCGAGUCGUGUGUGCAACAAGAAUAAAGAAAGGACAAACAAACAACAAGGCAGACUUUAGCGAGAUUUUUGCUGGCUUAGCCGCAAAUUUAAAAACACCACCCCCCAAACCCACGUUGAGAUUCUAUGCAAAUGCACUUGUGUCGGUUGUCCACCCCGGAAAAACUGUGUUCUUGAUUUGCAAAAGUGAUUUCUAAUUGUUUCGACUUCUUGGUUUAACCUGCCACAAAAAACGGUCGCGAAGGAGUGAGUGAAGUAGAAAAGAAAGGUGGGGACAUAGUAUUCCGGAGUAUGUCAAUGUCAUUGGCCAAGUGCGUCUGAAUUGGCAAGGAUUUCCCCUGGGUUUUUUAUUUCUGGACAUGGAUACUUAAAAAGUCUGGUUUAAUGACGUCACUGCUGGAGAUUAUCAUGCGAUCGAAAGCGCUAGCCAGGAAAUUCAAUCAGGGCUCCAGCGGCGACGACUUCGAUCCAAGUGCGAGUGCUGUGCGUCACCAUCACCAUCUCCAUCACCUGGAUCUGACUGCCAGGAGCCAGGCCUUCAACCCGCUGCCUGAGCCAAUUGAGGAUUUCGCCGCCCGCCAUCGUUUGCCGCAGCCGGAUCCCGUGGAAGGCUCUCCCACGAGGCGGGAUCUUCGAGACCAGGAGCUCCAACAUCUUCCCAAUCAUCUCCAGCAACAGCAGCAGCAGCUCCAGCGUCAACAGCCCCCGCCCCCCACGUUGCCACUGUCCGCGGAGUCCUCCGCCGCCGCCACCGACGGCAUGGAGGCCUACUUCAAGGAGCGCGCCCAGGCGGAGCAAAUCCUGCAGGAGUGGGUGCGGAGGCGCGAACCCGUCUGUGAUCUGGACAUCCGUGAUAGCGGCGGUGUCUACGCGAAGACGCCGCUCGAGAGGGGCACCCGCUACGGACCCUUCCCCAUGAAGCUCAGCCACCAGCCCAACGAUCCUCAGCUGGCAUGGAAGGCCCAUGGCAGACAUUAUAAUGGAUGGCUAGAGCCCACAGACGAUGUGUCCACGUGGUUGAAGAAAAUCAGAAACGUUCAGGAGGAUGGCAUUGGCGAGGCUAAUUUACAGAGCUACGUUAAUGGCGGUUAUCUGUGGUACGAGACGAAUCGGUUUGUAAAUGCUGGCAGUGAAAUGGUCGUCGAUGGGCGACCCAAGAGUCCCGUUCAACUAAACGAGAGCUUCAUUAACGGCGGCAAGGCCCUGGCGGUGGCAGCAGCAGUCGCCGCAGUGGCAGCUGCCUCCUCGGGGCCGAAGAGCGGCGGAGGGGGGAGCUCCCUGCCCAGCGAUGACCGCAGCGAUCGUGAUAAUGGCUCUCUGUACAGUGGUGACGAAUUCUCCAAGGAUAAGAAGAACUCCUCGCUAAUCAGCCAGGGAGACAACGACUUCACAGACGACGAAAACGGUUUCGAUAUACGCUGCGAGGUCUGUGAUAAAGUCUAUCCGGACUUAGAACUCUUGGACGAUCACCUGGUCGGCGCCCAUCAUUUCAAGCAGGACGAGUUCCCGUGCAAGCAAUGUUCAUUGCGAUUCUGCCAUCGCCCUUUGCUGAUCAAACACGAAGCAAUCUCCCACAAUAAUAUACGGAAAUACUCCUGCGAAAAUUGCAGCAAGGUAUUUUGUGACCCCUCGAAUUUACAGCGGCAUAUUCGCGCCUACCACGUCGGAGCUCGCUGUCACCCGUGUCCGGAGUGCGGGAAAACGUUUGGGACCUCGUCGGGAUUGAAGCAGCACCAGCACAUCCACAGUUCCGUGAAGCCCUUCGCCUGCGACGUGUGUCUCAAGGCGUAUACGCAAUUCUCGAACCUGUGCCGGCACAGGCGCAUGCACGCCAACUGCCGGGUGCAGCACAAGUGCGACAAGUGCAACCAGAGCUUGAGCACCACGUCCUCCCUGAGCAAGCACAAGAAGUUCUGUGAUUCGACGGGCCCCCUGUACCGGAGCCAGCACGUGAAUCGCCACCAUUCGCAACCGCUUCCGCAUCAGCCUCAUUUGACCGCAACUGCCACGUCCACCUGUCCAGCGCCACCAAGGGAAUCCACGGAGUCCUUGCCCUCCGCAACUGCAGACGCCAUUGCCGCCAUGUCGCAACCACCGAAUCCCUUCCUAAUGCUCCGCAGCGCGCCGGCAUUCUUUCCCGGAUUUCCACCUUACGCAUUUUCCGCCUUCAUGCCACAGAACAUGCAUCCCACGAACAUUCCAAUGUUCUUCUCGAAGAAUCCCAUGGACCUGGGAGGAGGACCCGAGAUCACUUCUCCGAUUUCCGCUUUUGAUCAGAAAUUACCAUUUGGUUUCCUGAACGGUGAGGCCAGCAGCUCGCAGGCAUACGACAAAGUGAAGGAAAAGGAGUUGGCCUUCAGGGCGGAGGAGAAACUCAAGAAGGAACGACUCCUGCAGGCUUCCGAGGGCGAGGACGACGAGAGUCGCGGUUCCCUGGACAUUAAGAUUAAAUCGGAAGAUGAGAAAACUGAGGCGAAAUCUGAGGAUCAGAACGAUAUGAAGCGCGAACCCGAGAGGGUGAACACUCCCGACCAGCAGCAGGUCGAAGAUGAUAGGAAAUCCAUUGACAUUGUGAGCACUCCACCGCCGGCAGACACACCUUCUGGCGGAGAUGCACCGCUGGACCUGUCGAUCUGUCGCAAGCGCUCAGCGGAAUCCUUCUUCUACACACCCUUGGAAGAGAACGUGCUGCUCAACAGUCUUAUGCCGAGAAUCCACGACUUCGAAGGAGAAAGGGAACCCCUGGCGAAAAUGCGAAAGUCGCACAGCUCGGCGGAGUCCUCCACUUCGCAGAAGUCCUUCAAGGGCAGCAGCCCCACGCCCACGCCCACCGCCUCGCCGGGCCUCACCCCCUCUCCCUCGCCGCCCACAAGUGCGGGCGGUGAGCUGAGCAGUACGUCCGAGGGGGGUGGGACGGUGCCACCAGGAGCGGCUGCGGCAGCGGCGGCGGGAGCAGCGGAUCUAACAGCCCUGGCCCACCUAACCCACCCGCACAACCUGCCCGCCAUACAUCCGUUUUUGCUGGAGGAGAUCUACCGCACCGGGAUUCCUUUUUUAUGCCCAACGGGCGGACGGCGCAGCAUUGAGGCGCUGCUGGCGGGAGCCGCCAGUGCAGCUGCCCCAAAGCGGCCGCUUCCGCCCGUGAAAUUCUCAACGGGACUGAAGAGCAAGGAUCGAUACUGCUGCAAGUUCUGCGGCAAGGUGUUCCCCCGAUCGGCCAACCUGACGCGCCACCUUAGGACCCACACCGGCGAGCAGCCGUAUCCCUGCAAGUACUGCGAUCGGGCCUUUAGUAUUUCCUCGAACCUGCAGCGCCACGUGAGGAACAUCCACAACAAGGAGCGUCCCUUCCGCUGCGACCUCUGCGACAGGUCCUUUGGCCAGCAGACGAAUCUCGAUCGGCACCUGAAGAAGCACGAGUCGGAGGGCAACAACUUCCGGGAUUCGCCCAGUUCCAAUGGCGUUGCCGAGAGGGAGGAGUACUUCGAUGACAUACGCAAGUUCAUGAACCGGGUCUACACACCGAAUAGCUUGGGCGGGAACGAGGGCGAUACCGAGGAGUAUCCCAACAGCGAUGACCAGUCCGUGAACCUGGAGAAGGACAGCAGCAACUUCAACAACAACAGCAGCAACAUCAGCAACAACAACAGCAGCAGCACCGGCAACAACACCUCCAAGGCCAUAACAAUAAGCUCUUAAAAACCAAAAGAAAAUCAGAAGAAGGAGGCGAGACCUUUCCUUGUUGUUGGACGAAAAACUUACUUUAGCUCUUACUUAAGCGUGCCUCCGAGAGGGAAACCUAUCUUUAAGUAGUUACCAUUUCCACACAACUUGUACUAAACCAAACACUAAACAUUAGCUAUGCAAUCAAUGGAAAAAGACGGUGAAGCAUCAAACUUAAACUACAAAACAAGUUACACAAUUUAAAGGGAAAACUUUAUAAACUAUAUACUAUACAUACUUAAACCCACUCUAAAACCACCUUAAAAGAGUAGCUAAUUUAAACAUCUGUACAUAGACAUAUGCAAGUCUUAACUUAGUGAGUCGAUUUCAACUACUUUGAAACUCUGUGGAUUAUAUGCGUAAAUAUAUAUGGAUAUUUUGAUUGUA